AUGGCGGACGAUUCUGAUCGAAGUUUUUUGGAAGACCUGGACAAUGAAAGGCUACUAAAAGUGGGAAAUUGCGAAUACAAACGCUCUCUUUACUUACUAUCUACUUUGGAUAAGCUCAGAAAGGAAGGAGAAAGUGGAUUCUGUGACGUUAUUCUAGAGAUAGAAGGCAGGCAUUUCACAGCUCACAAGUGUGUCCUAGCUGCUAACAGUCGCUUCUUUUACACCAUGUUCAACAGUGGCAUGAGAGAAUCAGCUGAGAAAAUACUCAAACUACCAACUGUAUCUUUUUUAGCCAUGGAAAGUAUAUUAGACUUCUUUUACACUCAGGAAAUCAGUCUGACGCAAGAUAUAGUGGAGGAUGUUUUAGAAGCUUCAAGCUUUCUUCUUCUGGAGUCCUUGAAGAAGACUUGUGUUGACAUUCUUGAAUCUAAUAUUUCAAUUCACAACUGCUUUAUUACCAAAUGCUUGGCUUUAAAGUACAAUGCUGAUGAACUACUUAAAAAAGUAGUCCAGUUUAUUAAAGACAAUUUUCUCAAUAUUGUACAGAAAARUGAAGAGUUUUUGAAGAUAUCUAGUGAGGAAUUAUUGGAAAUAUUGGAUUGUAUUGACAUCCGUGUCAAAGAAGAAACUCAGGUUUUUCUUGCAAUUCUGAAAUGGGUAAAACACAAACCAGCAGAAAGAGCAACAGAGCUUUCAUCAUUACUGAAGACAGUGAAAUCACCGUGUCUACCAAAGGACUUUUUUCUGAAGCAAGUUGAAAGAGAACCUCUACUGCAAGACUGUAACAACAUAUUUGAAAAGUACUCAAACAAACCUGAUUCUCCAAAAAGACUAUCAACAGAGAUCCAUAAUGUGUUGGUAGGUGUUGGUACUGGUAAAUGUUACCGUGCUUUUUGUUAUGACAUUGAAGAUAAUGAAACAAUGGUCCUGCCUAAUUUGCCAAAAUGUCAAGCUUUCCCUCACUUGGUUAGUUUGAACAAGGUGGUAUACAUUCUUGGUGGUGAAAGCCAAAGAAACAUUAAUUUUGACCCUGUAAAUAGUGUUAGAACAUUUUCCAUGGAAUAUGGAAGAUCUGAGUGUGGGCUGCUUGCAGGAUGGGUUAGAAAACCUUCAUUUAGAGAGGUACGAAGAGAUACUGCAGUUGCAAUGCUUGGUAGAAAGAUUUAUAUUUUGGGUGGAUGGAUGUCUGGUCCUAUAGCAAGAGUAGAAUGCUAUGAUGGCGAUACCUGUACAUGGUCUUGUGUUGCUCCACUGGACCUGCCAAGAUCCCAACUCACUGCUAUAGCAACCAAACAACAUGUACUUGCAAUUGGAGGCAGUGAAGAUCAAGUUGUUGGAAGUCGAGUAGUAGAACAAUUUGAUCCCGAUAAAAACACUUGGAAGUUUCUUCCAUCUUUGAACACAAGAAGAAUGCUUGCCAGCUUGGUUUUUGCUCAUGAUUUGGUUUAUAUCUUAGGUGGCCACGAUAAUGCCUUUGACCGUAUAACAAGCUGUGAGGUGUUUGAUCCAGCUACUUGUGCUUGGACUAGAAUAGCACCUCUACCCGAUACCCUUUGUACCAAUCAAUCAGUUAUCACACUUAACAAUGAGAUCAUUGCCAUUACUGGUUCGCCAGAAGGUACAUGCAACACAGCAUGGUACAACAGAGAUGCUGAUAUCUGGGAGAAAACACAGAACUUUGGUAUUCAGUUCAACAUUGCAGGAUACAGACUUUGCUGUUUACAAGUCAAGAAAUUCUACCUGCAAGAGCUUCCUAAGGCAUCCAGAAAGAAGACCAAUUCCAAUAUGAAUAUCUUUGAUCAACAAGAAAACUUUGUUGAGGAAGAUGAUAGUCUAGUUACAGACCUUGGGUUAUCACUGAGUGAAGAGGAAGACAACAGUAGUGAUAGUGAUGACUAUGUGCAUCUCUUUCAAUGUUAACAAUUAUAUUAGAACUUGUUUAGACUUUCUUUUGAUUUCUUUGUACUCAGACAUUAGUACUACCUUGAUAAAUUAUGGCUGCUUAGGCUGAAAGCUCAGUAAUAAAAUUGCAGUAAAAAAAAGGAUUCUUUAAUUUUUAGUACUAUAUUAGACUAUAUUAGACUUAGAUAUUUUUUGACUGCUCCCUAAGUUAGUACAGCASCUCUGUUGUUAGCUUAGAUUUUGAUUUAUUGUUUGGAAGGUGUAUCUAUUCUCAACCUAUCAUGAGAUUGCUUCCCAUCACUCCUGACUGCCAAUGAUUAGCGAUUCAGUUCAGAAACAGAACAAUUGUUGUAUGAUUUGGUCAAUCAUUAUGGGAUGGUUAUUUUGCAUACAGAAAAACUGUUAAAUUACAUAAUUAAUAUUUUAAGAUUGCAGUUAGGAAUCAGAAUAGAAUUGAAAAAAACACUUUGCCCCUCACUUAGAUAAUCAAACUUUAUUCAGUGGUUUCAGUCUGCUAGAGGUCCUUCAUCACUAAUGGUAGAUAAAGGUCGUGUAUUUACAUCUGAAUAACUUAGUCUUUCAAUUCCAAUAUAAAUAUCUCCA